AUGGCUAAGAAUAAAUGGCACUGUGAUACCACAAUCAAAUUUAUCCAACAAUAUAAAUCCCAUUCUUGCUUGUGGAAUUUCCAGUCGACGGACUACAAAAAUAAACAGAAACGGGAUGCUGCAAUUGCCGCAAUAGUUGAAGAAAAGGAUAUAGAUGGCUUUGGAGUGCAAGAAGUCAAAAAUAAGACUAAAAAUUUGAGAUCCACGUACAGUCAAGAACUGAACAAAAUUAAUGAUUCAAAGAGAUCCGGGGCUGGGCUCAGUAAUGUGUAUACUUCAAACAUCAAGUGGCUGAAUGAAAUGGAAGAGGUGUUUAUUCACGAUCUGAAAAGAAAGACAUAUGAAAAUCAAGUCAAUUCUGCCGAAGAAAACCCUCUUGACGUGUUUGGAAAGAGUGUUGCAUCGCAACUUAAAACUUUUUCGGUAGAAAAUGCCUUAUUAGCUCAGUGUCGAAUCCAAAGCCUUUUGAGCGAAAUCGGUAUCAAGGAUUACAGAGAAAAGUCUGCGCCGAAUAGCAGCAGUCAAAGAUCAUCUUCUGUAUUUUCAAAUUUCACUGAUGUUAGUUACACAUCUACUGCGUCAACAGACCAUGUGACAAACAGAUUUGAUGACCUCACCUCAGAAUCGGACACUCUUCGCACCACGAGUGAUAUUAUAACGUUGGCUAUGGCUGCUGCCUGUGACAGUGACAUCGGGAACGAACAAAUUUAA